AUGUCUCCCAGCGCCGAGUCAAUUGGUAGGGUGGACUCCCAACCCACCGAGCACAGGUGGUGGAAGGAGGGCGUGAUAUACCAAGUCUACCCAGCAAGCUUCAUGGAUGCAAAUGGCGACGGUCUAGGUGACAUCCGUGGCAUCAUCUCGAAGCUGGACUACAUCAAGUCGCUCGGGGCCACCACUGUUUGGAUCUGCCCGCACUACGACAGCCCUCAAAUCGAUCUAGGGUACGACAUUGCAGACUACGAGUCUGUGUACCCUCCAUAUGGAACCCUCAAGGAUAUGGACGACCUCAUCGCAGGCUGCCAUGCCCGUGGCUUAAGGAUCAUUGUCGACCUGGUUAUUAAUCACACCUCAGAUCAGCAUAAGUGGUUUAAGGAGUCUCGCUCAUCUAAAGAUAGUCUAAAGCGAGACUGGUAUAUCUGGCGGCCAGCCAAGUACGACGCUCAAGGAAACCGACAGCCACCAAACAACUGGCGCUCAAAUUUCAGUACCGCCGCUUGGACCUGGGAUGAGCACACCCAAGAGUACUACCUCCAUCUAUUCUGCCCCGAGCAGCCCGACCUGAACUGGGAGAAUCCCGAGACUCGCAAAGCCAUCUAUGCUACCGCCAUCGAGUUCUGGUUGAAACGUGGCGUGGACGGCUUCCGCGUGGAUACUGUCAACAUGUAUAGCAAGCCAGAAGGACUCCCUGACGCCCCCAUCCUGAAUCCCGACGCAGAACAUCAGGUGGCUGCUAGCCUGUACUGCAAUGGGCCCCGAAUGUCAGAAUACCUCUCAGAGAUGAACCACGUAAUGUCUCCGUACGACACGAUGACGGUGGGCGAAUGCCCAGCUACCCCCGAUCGAAACCGAGUCAUACAAUACGUCUCAGCUGCUUCCAAGCAAUUGAACAUGGUGUUCCAGUUUGAUGUUGUGGAUGUUGGGCAAGGCAAGGAGACCAAAUACAACACCGUUCCCUUCAACUGGAAAUUGCCCGAACUCAAGCAGGCUAUCAACAGCAGCCAGAGCCUCAUCGUUGGCGCCGACGCAUGGACAACAUCCUUCAUGGAGAACCACGAUCAGGCAAGAUCCAUCAGCAGAUUCGCGUCCGACGCCCCCGAGUUCCGUGUCCAGUCAGGCAAGAUGCUCGCCAUGCUCAACGCGACAUUGUCAGGAACGCUUUUCAUCUACCAGGGACAAGAGAUUGGGAUGAUCAACAUGCCCGAGAGCUGGCCCGUCUCGGAGUACAAGGAUGUAGAGUCGAGCAACUUUUAUAACUCGGUUGCACGUGCGACAAACAACGACCCCAAAGCCCUGGCAAAGGCAAAGGCGGCUAUUCAGCACCUCUCCCGAGAUCACGCCCGAUAUCCCAUGUGCUGGGACUCAACACCUCAGGGAGGGUACUCUUCCAACACAGAAACUUGGAUGCGUGUGCACGACCUUGCAGGCGAGAUCAACGUCGCACAGCAAGAAAGCGACCCGAACAGCGUCCUGGCUUUCUGGAGAUUGAUGUUGCAGAUGCGCAAACAACACGCAGCAGCUCUGGUGCACGGAUACUACGAGAUUAUCGAUUUUGAAGAUGAGAUGGUCUUCUCCUACUGGAAGAAGGGAAGAGGUGAAACGGCCUUGGUAGUACUGAAUUUCACCUCGCAAGAGCAGCCGUGGACCAUGCCACCCAGCUGGCAAAAGUUGGGACUAGAAUUAGUUGUAUCUACCCAGGGAAAGACAAAGGAUGUACCUGAUGCUCUUCAGGCUUUUGAGGGCCGAGUGUAUAUCAAAAAUCACUAA